AUGAGCGAUAGAGGAGAGCAAAACUACAAUGGGCGGGAAUCCCGCCCUGCCUCCAGAGGUGGAAGUGCACAGAGAUCUGACAUAUUUGCCGCUUCUAGCUCCCGUUCCAGCUCCAGAUCUCAUUCCUCCUCCAGCUCCAGUUCCCGCUCGCGCCCCCGCUCCGGCUACUCCCGCUCCCGCUACCGCCCCCGUUACCGCUCUCGUGCUCCCUCUCGCUCUUCCUCUCGGCGAUCCCACAUCCCACCUCGCUCCCGCUCCCGUACUCGCCAGCAAUCCCGGGGCAGGUCUUACAGUCGUGAUCACCGUCAUUACCGUGAUCAUCAUGAUUAUGAUUAUCAUGGUUACCGAAGGCUCUAUAGAUAUAGUCAUUCUCUGGCCACCCGCAGACGUCACAUGGGGAAUCGGUGCAAUCCUAAUCCCAACUGUUGUCUCGGUAUAUUUGGUUUGAACCUGAGCACUACAGAAAGGCAUCUAAGGCAGAUAUUCUACAGAUUUGGCCCAAUUUCUGAGAUCUCCAUUGUUUAUGACCGCCACUGCGGGUGCUCCAGGGGGUAUGCUUUUGUGUAUUUUGAAAAUGUGCAUGAUGCCGUGGAAGCUAAAGAGCAUGUUGAUGGGAUGGAGCUUCAUGGGAGAAGGAUCAGAGUGGAUUUUUCUAUAACCAAAAGACCCCACUCUCCCACACCUGGAAUGUACUUGGGAAGACCUACUUACAACAGAUGCAUUCAUUACUAUUAUCCAGAAUAUGAUCGCAGAUACAGUGACUGGGACUCUUACAAUCGGUCCUAUAGAGAAGGAGGUGGAUUAGCAGCAUCAGGAAGUGGAGGAGGCUGGAGAUAUUGCCAAGAUCAGUUUUAUAUCUACAGAAGGAGAUCACGAUCUCCAUGUUGCUGCCGAAGGAGAUACCGAUCCUGUUCCAGAUGUGGCCACUAUUCUCAUCGCUUUUAA